AUGCCCACCAUACACACCACCGCCGUUGCUCUUUUUUUAACCUUGUUCACCGCCGUUGCCGCCGUUGAGAACAACCUUAACCGGCGGCUCCUUCACCAGCCUCUUUUCCCAUUUGAUGAUCACUCCUACCCUCCCGCAAUACAACCACCCGUAAUUUCUCAACCACCAUUAUUGUCUCCAUCUCCGCAGCCUCAACCUCAACAACAGCAGCCAAAAUACCCAUUUUCUACACUCACACCACCAGAUACACAAAACCAGUUUUUUCCGUUUUACCCCUCCCCGCCACCACCACCUCCGCCGCCCUCCUCCACCGACUUUGCCACCUUUCCCGCCAACAUCUCCUCCCUCAUUCUUCCGUCCUCUUCAUCACACUCCAACAAACCCGUUUCUCAUAAGCUCAUCGCCGUCAUCAUCUCCGUCGCCCUCCUCUCAGCCGCCCUCUUCGCCACUUUCCUCCUCCUCUUCCUCCGUCGGCAUCACCUUCCCCAUAAAACAGACAGCCUUCGUCUGGUCCCUCCCGAUACUACUCCCUCUGAUACCACCACCACCGACAUCAGUAAAAAACCACCACCUCCGCCGUUCCCCCACCACACACCCACCUCCACCUCCUCCGAGUUCCUCUACUUGGGUACCCUAGUCAGCUCCCGAGAUGCAAAUGUUGGCUCCGCCGCCACCCAAAAUGAAAAGAACGCCCCUGCAGCCUCGCUAGAUUACCAGCGGCUGGGGUCGCCGGAGCUCCACCCUCUCCCGCCCCUGCCACGUCAACACUCUCACCAAAAUUACAAAGAUGCUACAGCAAACAACCCUCGUUCUUCUUAUUCUUCCUCAGAAGAAAAUGAAGAAGAGUUUUUUUCACCAAGAGAGUCCACAGGAAACAAUGCUAGUCCAUUUCACACGAGGUCAUCACCUCCUAAAAGCUUAAACCCAAUUAAUUUGAACUCUCCAGCUCAUUCUUCGUCAUCUGAUAAUAGCCCACCAGUGGUGCUGAAUUCCAGUAGCCCCAGGAGCUUAGCAUCAAAAUCACCGGAUAGCUUACUGAAUUUUCCGGCCCCUUUACCGCGUUAUAUCCCGCCGCCUCCACCCCGGGAGCCGAGGGCAUAUACGCCAUUUUCGCCUUCAUCGUCUGAGGAUGGGGCCCGUAAUUCCUCGCCUCAGAGUUUUGAGAUUUUGGGUGUUAGAAGAGGGCCAACCCCAUCCCGUCCUCCGCCUCCACCGCCGCCACCACCACAAAAGUCAUGGGAAUCGAAGUCGCUACCGGGGCCACCAGAGCUGCUGGCGCCGUCGAGGACGGUGGUGGUGCAGAAUGUGAGUGGGGUUGCGGGAAAUUUGGAAAGCAAAAGCGAGGAAACAAAUUUGAAGCCAAAGUUGAAGCCUUUACAUUGGGAUAAAGUGAGAGCUAGUUCUGAUAGAGCAAUGGUUUGGGAUCAGUUGAAAUCAAGCUCGUUCCAGUUGAAUGAGAAAAUGAUCGAGACGUUGUUCAUCGUGAAUUCUUCGAGUAUGAAUGCGAAAGAUGGUGCUAGGCGCAUGAUUCUCCCUGAAGUAAAUCAAGAAAACCGGGUUCUUGAUCCGAAGAAGUCUCAGAACAUUGCUAUUUUGUUGCGGGCACUUAAUGUCACCGUAGACGAAGUUUGUGAAGCACUCAUAGAAGGAAGUGCUGACACACUGGGAACAGAGCUUCUCGAGAGUUUAUUAAAGAUGGCUCCCUCAAAAGAGGAAGAAUGGAAACUGAGGGAGUUCAAAGAUGAAUCUCCAUUCAAGCUGGGCCCUGCCGAGAAAUUUCUCAAGGCAAUGCUUGAUAUACCUUUUGCAUUCAAGAGGGUGGAUGCCAUGCUUUAUAUAGCCAAUUUCGAGUUGGAGGUCGAGUACCUUAGGAGGUCGUUUGAGACGCUAGAGGCAGCUUGUAAAGAACUGAGGGGAAGCAGAAUGUUCCUAAAACUUCUCGAAGCAGUGCUCAAGACUGGGAACCGCAUGAAUGUUGGGACCAACCGUGGGGAUGCCCAUGCCUUCAAGCUCGACACGCUUUUGAAGCUUGUAGAUGUAAAGGGCACUGAUGGGAAGACCACCCUUCUGCAUUUCGUUGUUCAAGAAAUCAUCAGAGCAGAAGGUGUCCGCCUUUCUGGAGCAGCCGAUCAGAAUCUAAAUGCUGAAAAGGUCCCACAAUCCGCUUUGCAAGAUGAAGUCGAAUUUAGAAAGAUCGGUCUUCAAGUUGUUUCUGGGUUGAGUGGGGAGCUUACGAAUGUGAAGAAAGCUGCUGCAAUGGAUGCAGACGUGCUUAGUAAUGAAGUCGUAAAACUUGCUACAGGGAUUACAAAGAUAACGGAAGUUGUGAAACAGAAUGAAGAGCUACCAUUGAAGGACAGUAGCGCAAAGUUUUCCAACUCGAUGAAGGGUUUUUUAGAGAAGGCGGAAUCAGAGAUUAUCAACGCUCAAGCACAAGAGAGUGUUGCUCUCUCAAUGGUAAAGGAACUAACCAGGUAUUUUCAUGGCGACUCAGCAAGGGAAGAAGCUCAUCCAUUCCGGAUAUUCAUGGUCGUGAGGGACUUUCUCUCAGUACUGGACAGGGUAUGCAAGGACGUAGGAAAGAUAAACGAGCGAACCAUGGUAAACUCAGGUCGACAAAUUCAAAUGCCUGUUCAUCCUAGCCUUCCUCAAGUUUUUCUUGGAGUAAACGAAAGGCAGCAGUACAGUAUUAGUUCGUCUGAUGAUGAAAGCUCAUCCUCGACUUAA